AUGUGGGGAGAACUCGACCCGCCUUACCACUCUGCAAUGGCCAAGUCACCGAAGACGACCAAUUACUCAGUUCGUCGGAAUUAUGAUGUUUGUGUAGAAGUAGUUUUAAUCUCACUGAUCAACAAAUAUGCUGAAGUCACAAUACUACAGCCACAAGGUUUAAACAAUGCUGCACUUCCUUUCGUUCCGAUUGAGUCAAUCAAGUUUUCAGAGAGUGAUCAGAUUGAAGUGAAUCGAAUCAUCGAUGAUCGCUUAAAUAUCAAAAUGACAAAAGAGAUUCAAGAAGGCGGAACGAAAGAAGUGGCAUCGAGGAAAAUGAAGAAGGAGCGAAUCCCCGAAACACUUCAUUUCUUAAUCGACAUCUUAACGGAAUUGGGUACAAAUGUGUUCCUCAAAAUGACACGCAAAAAGUCGGGAGAUGCCUCCUUUGAUAUUGUUGAUUCGAUUUUAUAUCAAAAUGAUAACAAAGAAGUUAGAUUGGAUAAAGAGUUCAUUUUACAGAAAGGAACGCUAUUAAACAUGGAGUGUAUCACGUUAGUCAGAAGAAAUAGAGGAAAAUUUGUGUUUGAAAAAAAUAACGAAACGUUUCGCAACAUACUUGGAAUAUAA